AUGUCGAAAGAAACAGCGUCUAUGAGAGAAAUACAACACAACCGACAACUCAUUAUACAAGCUCUAAAUAAGAACACAACAAACUUUUCAAACUAUUCUAAGAUAUCUGAGUCAUUGAAAGAAGGAAACUUAAAACUGACAUUAAACCCAUUGACAGAUGAGUUUCUGUUUCAAGACAAUAAGAACCAUACUGUCUGUGUAAAUCCAACAAAAGGAACUUUAAACGAGAAACCUAUAGAUGAACUUCUUUUGAAAGCAGAUAUUGACAACAAAGCUGACAAAGAGUAUGUCAUUGAAAAAGUUCAAGAAGAACAUGACAGAGCAGAUGCAACAUAUGCAACAAAAGAGGAUGUUGAAAAGAAAGCUGACAAAGAGUAUGUAGAUGCAACAAAAGACUAUAUUUUCGCAUGGACAGAUAGAACAUACCCACAAAAACAUCAUACACAUAACAUCUAUGACGUAGAUGAACUACCAGCAAUGUUAGAUGACAAAGCGGAUAAGAACCAUACACACGAUUUCUUCGCAACUGUUGGUAUAGAAAAUAUUGAAGGAACGGUUGAAGGAGCUGAUGGAACUGGUGGGGAUGUAUUAAAUUGGAAACCUCCUAACUUUCCACAAGGUUUAACAUCGGAGGAAGACAUAACGACGAUGUUAAACCUUAGAUGUAGAAAUGUCUAUGUCAUGGAGGAUGAAAACAAUGUUAAAUUCACUGCUCAAGAUUUAUAUGAUAAAAAAGCUGACAAAACAUAUGUUAACGAUGAGUUAGCAUAUGUGGGUAGUGCGUUAGUGAAGAAAGCAGACAAAACAGAGCUUCAAACAUUAAAGACAGAAAUACUUCAAACAGUAUAUCCUAUAGGUUCUAUUUAUACGUCAAUGAACUCUACCAGACCAGAAGUAGUACUUGGUUUUGGAACUUGGACUCAAAUAGUCGACAGGUUUUUGUAUUGUGCAAACUCUUCAAAGGAAACAGGUGGAAGUAAAACGAUUUCAGGUGCAAAUUUACCUGCGCACAGUCACUACGUAAGUUUAAGUACAUCUGAAGCAGGUUUGCAUAGUCAUAGAUUUUGGGAUUGGUCAACAAUGACAAAAGGUAAAGGAUAUGAUGUUAAAGAGGACGUUAAGUUUGCUAUAAAUUGUUACUGGAAUAACACUGAGGUAGGAGGAAGCCAUACACAUCGCGUUUCAGGGUAUACGCAAACAACGGGGCAGAGUAAAGACUACAUGCCACCUUACAUGACAGUUUACGCAUGGUAUAGAAAUGCUUAG